GCAGCGUCUACGCUUCAGUCGGCUUCGUUCCCCGUCUCGAUGCGGUUUGUGUUUUCUGAUUGGAUUUAAUAGUGUACGGUGUCUAAAAGUGGAUAUAAUUAUCGAUAUAUGUAUGUGUGUAGCAAACAAAAACAAAUGUCAAUUAGAAUUUGACCAAGGCUUAAUGCCGCCCAAGAAAGUUAAUACGAAAAAUAUUUUAUUUUUCCAUAGUACAAGUGACAAAGCCAAAAAAUUGUUUUGAAAAAGUUGGGCAAUAAGUUGAAUUGUGUAAUUUUAGAAACGUCUGGUGCACAACGUUUUCGAGUGUAGCGUUAAAAGAGCGGACACAGACGAAAUUGCAGAGUAAGAGCGUGCACCUAGUGGGAGCAGCGCACGAUACUAGAUCCAUUUUCAAAUACUUACUUAUAUCAACUACGCCCCUUGCCGCACGCAUCUACGAAAUAUACGAUGUAGCAUCGGUGGCAAUAAUAAACGGCUGUCAAAUCCACUAAAGAAAUAUAUAAUAUGUAUACGAUUGUUUACAUACAUGCUAUGUAAAUACCUUAAAAGCCGUCACGCUGUCGGCAUACUUUCAAUUAAAGAAAACCGUACGGGUUGUACUUUUGUGAAACGUUUUUAACGGAAAGGCACACCAAAUGACUGCCAUCGACAAAGUAUAAUCGUGAAGUGUAAAAAGUGAAACGUUAAGUCUGUAAAAUACAUAUAUUUACGUACGUGACACAACAUAUAAAUUUUAGUUAAGCUGCUUUCCUUAACAGCGUCCGGCAAAGUUAUAGCAUAUCCAUCUGUACAUAACAACCUACUCAAACGAACGAAAGUGAAAAUCUACAAAUUAAUGCUGCAUAUUCAACGGAAGCAGUAACUAUUUCUACGAAAGGUGCGCACUCCACAUAUAAAGCUCAAAAAUGGUGAUAAGCAAUCCGGAUGCACUGGCCGCCGCCGCCGCUACCAACAAUACUGCUGGCGAAGCGGUUGACUUGGCACAUCCAUCGGGUAUACCACGUGAUAGAAUCGAUAAUAUAAUGAGCGGUAUAGCAAAUACGGGCGAUGUGAAAAUGAAUAACCACCGAAAGAAGCUGCGUCAGAGAUUCGAUAUUAUUAAAAAAUUAGGUCAGGGCACAUAUGGCAAAGUGCAAUUAGGUAUAAAUAAGGAAACCGGCCAGGAGGUGGCAAUAAAAACCAUAAAAAAGUGCAAAAUAGAAGCUGAGGCGGAUUUGGUGCGUAUUCGUCGGGAGGUGCAAAUUAUGAGCUCAGUGCAGCAUCCCAAUAUCAUACACAUUUAUGAAGUAUUCGAGAACCGUGAGAAGAUGGUGUUAGUUAUGGAAUUCGCCGCAGGCGGUGAACUGUAUGACUAUCUCUCGGAACGUAAGGUGCUAAAUGAAGAAGAGGCGCGACGCAUAUUCCGCCAGGUGGCUACGGCUGUAUACUAUUGUCAUAAGCACAAAAUUUGUCACCGCGAUUUGAAGCUGGAAAAUAUACUGCUCGAUGAGCAUGGCAAUGCGAAGAUCGCCGAUUUUGGUCUCUCGAAUGUGUUCGAUGAACAAAACUUACUAUCCACAUUUUGCGGCUCGCCGCUUUACGCCUCCCCCGAAAUUGUUGAAGGUACUCCCUACCAAGGUCCAGAAGUCGACUGCUGGUCCCUUGGUGUUCUCCUCUACACUCUAGUCUAUGGAUCAAUGCCAUUUGAUGGUUCCAACUUUAAAAGACUUGUUAAACAAAUCAGUCAAGGUGAUUACUAUGAGCCAAAGAAACCAUCGCGUGCCUCAACGCUCAUACGUGACAUGUUGACUGUGAGUCCGCGCAAACGUGCCACCAUCGAACAGAUCUGCGCCCAUUGGUGGGUCAAUGAAAAUGAUAACGUCUCAUGUCUGGACUUGGCUGAAGAGCUAGCAACACAAACACCGGUACGUUUGGAUGUGUUGUUGUCAUUGACACCGGCCGCUGUGACGGCCGAUCAAUUGGUUGUGCCAUCCGCUGAUGCGGGUAAAGGAGAUCGUGUGCCACGAAGUCACUCGGUGGGAUCGAUCCGUGAUAUGGGCGGCAAUACGGAAGCGGAACGCAGAAUAUUGGACAUGGUAGCUGCUGGCGGCGAGGCAGCACUCAUGCCAUCACCAACACGCACAAUCACACCUACGCAGAGCCCAGUGCAGAGUAAACGUAAACUCGAGACUACAGUCUCCACGGAGAACGCACACGGUGCGGCGCUCAAAAAGAAGGAUAAACUCGGCAGCAGUUCAAUGGUACUCGGAGAGUCCAACGUGCCAUUAUCGCAAGAAAUACCCAUGGAGACGGAGGAAGAUGAGGCGGCCGAGCAAGAUAUUGACGAGGAGCUAAUUACAUCGGCCGGAGCUAAUAAAAUGCCAUCAAGCAGCUUUUCCCAAAGAGAUAUGGAAAAGGUGGGUGAUCUAUGCGAACAAUUGAUUAAGGACGAGUCGAAAUCGGCGAUCGCUGCACCACUGACUGAAGUUAACACCUCUGUGACACCUACACACGGCGGACUGCCGCGUCAAAAAACGAUCAGCAAGCUAGAGUCGCUAGAAGAGGCGCCCGAGGAAAAGGACGCAACCAAAGUUAUUAAAAAAUUCGUCAAUAAGCGCAAAACUGCUGAUCUGGUCAACGCCAUCGGUCAGAUAACACCGACAGCUGAGAAAAUCAACGAGCAGUCUACGCCCACAUUGGCUACAACAACAACUAGUAAUGCCAAAGGCGCAAUUGUCAAACCAGCAACCGGUGCGGCAGUCGCUAAUAACGCCACUCCAGCGCCCUUCGUGCGCAAAUGCAGUUUACAGGAUGAAGGUUCCUUGAGUAAAUUUAACGCCGACCGACGAAAGUCACGUGUGCUUGAAACCACCGAAAAGUUACAGCAAAUGAACACCGUCAACUCUACCGGUGGAGGCAGUGAGAAACCGAAGAAGUUUAGCAUACCCGGCGUGAGCGUUGGCAGCUUCAAGAAAGAAUUUGAACGUAAAGCCACAAAUCCGCCAGUACAGCAAGGGCCUACUCCGGGUGAGUUACGUGCAAUGGAGGAGGUUGCGGCUGCGGCCGCUGCCGCCCAAGAAUUGGAGGGAGAAGUUCAAUCGCCAACAGCCGACAGCGCGCAGCAGCCCACAGGUCAUAUUGAGGCAAGCGAUUCAAAGAACUCCGUCGCUUCGUUGUCUCUAGAAGAUGCGCGUCGCUCCAUGGAGAACUCAAUUGCAUUGCUCCGCCAGGCGCAAAGCGAAUCCUCGAAAGAGGUGGAUCAGCUGUGCGCGCAAACAGAGAAUAUCGAAGUCAGCGAGGCCAGCAGUCCAAUAGUGAUAGCUGAACGCGAGCGGAAGUUAAAAAAUGCGCGCGCCAUCAUCGGAAAUGCCAUACAGCCAGUUAUACGCAGGCCACCAUCACAACCAUCCUUUGGCAACGGCGGCGGGGGCUACGGUCAAAUGCGUGCAGCCAGUGGCGGUUUUAUUGGUUUUGGCAGCAGUGGCAGCGGCAGCGGCAGCAUGAACGGCUUGGGUGGCGACAGCGGCUGUGGCUCCUUGGGCGUCCACGCUCCAUUUGGCGGCGGAAGCGCCGGUGGCUUUGGCUGCGGCGUCGUUGGCAGCCAUGCAGCACUGCCGCAAAUGUUGGCGAAUAAUAAGAGCGCCGCUCCUCAGACACCGCCGCCUCUGUUGACAUCGAAAGCAAAUACAAAUGCGAAGGCAAAUUCAAAAUCGAACGCGAAUGUAAAUGCAAACGUUGCCCUCGCCGCUGCACGGCAGCAUUUAAUGGGUCGUUUAGCAGCUACUACGGUUGGUGGUCAGAAUGAGUUUCAAAGCGAGUUUUCACCGUCCAACUAUUUCGUACAAUCACCCCCCUUCACUCCCUCACCCCUAUAUAACAGCAAUAAUGCGAAUAUCCAACACCUCCACUACCAACAACAGCCACAAGAACACAAUCACUAUUCACAACAACAACAGCAACAAAGACAAGCACAAGCACAGCCUAGUCAAUAUCAAGCUAGUAAUUCUUUGCCGCAUUCAACACAAAAUCAACUCUUGCAAUUCCAACAAAGACUACAACAAUUACAACAACAAAGACAGAGACAUCAUCAAGUGCUAAUAGAACAGCAAAAACAAUUUGAAUUACAACAACAACAACAACGACAACAUCAACAGUACCAAAAACAAGCAUUUUCCCAACCAUUAUUGCAACAAUUUCAAAAUAAACAAGCUCACAGCAUGUCAAUGCCACACACACUUGCCGCAUCUGCCACUGCCACUGCCGCCAACGUCAAAAAUACCGCCAUUUCCUCUACCGCCGCCACCGCGAAUAGUGUGCCAAAACCGUUUUAUAAUGCACCACCUCCUUCGAUAUUCUACAAAUCAUCCCCAGGUGGCGAGCCGAACAACAACGUGAAGACAUCCACCGCUACCAUAACACUGAAAUCAGCCACAUUGCCGCGCCGUAAACCGAGCGCCAAAACGGAAAUCCAGUUAGAAAUAAAGCCACGUAUAGUUGAACAACCGAAUAUGCGUUUCACAACGGAAAUGCAGCAUCCUGUCGCUGAUUUGCGCAGCGCGCCACCGCGUGAAGGCCCGGCGCCCUACAGUCCCAUCAAGACGAUGUUGAAUACUCGCGCCACAAGCCUCGAACCCAAGGAGCACAUUAUACCCAUACAGCGACCACAAGCGCCCUAUGCGCGCACCACGUCAAAUACAACAACAAGGUCUGGCUCACUAUCACGACAAUCGACCAAUGAUUCUGAAUCUGAUACAACAACAACGGCAAAUAUGUCACAAUCCACCGUCACGGGCUCAUCUCAACCGAUUAAAAAGAGUCCACGCGAAUUCAUUAUACCGAUUGCGAUGGAGGGCGGUGGCUUCAUAACACCGCGCGAAGGCAGCAUUGAACCAUCAGAGUCUAGUCAUACCGCUUCGAGUCGUUCGACCUUCAAUAGACUGCGGCCAACCCGACGCAUUGGCAGUUCAUUGCUUAACGAAUCUGGCAUAGACGAUAGUUCGCCAUUCCCGAAGUUCCGCACCUCGUCCGGCACCAGGGAAGUCGAUGAGGUGCCACGAUUCACGCUGCACAGGUUAAGAAGCUCUAGACCGGUGAAGAAACUUAGUCAGGAGAACGAUUCACAAAGUUCCGGCGAAGAAGAUGACGAUGACGGCUUUGAAAUACUCACCGCUGAAAAUCUCUUCUCCACACUACUACAAAGAGUGCACGCUUUGACACAUCGUAUGAAUGUCGAUAAAGAUUUAACUGCAGGCUUUUCGAAUUCAAGCCGUCUGCUGAGCAAUAUGCGGCAUGGUCCUUUCUGGAAUCAAGAACCUUUUGGCAGAUCUCAAGUGAGUUAUACAUACAGUGAAACGGUCGAAAAGAAACAAGUCCGCCUCAACAGCGCCUCCGGCAAUAAUGUUGGAACACCAUGGCGUCAUAGCAUGUCACGUGAUUUGGGCAACGACAUGGACUCCAUAUUUUCACGCACUGGCGCUACACUGCCAAGAGGUACAAAGGGGCCAACCAAAAUUGGCCGUCCGACUACUAACGCCGAACCAAGUAGCACAGUUGAUGGUCAGGCAACGCCAGCCAUAGCCGCGGAUGAGCCACUUGAUUUGGCUGACUUAGAUCUUUCGCGUCUACGUUUGAGCAAGAAGGAUCUUGAAACGCUAUCCAGCAUCACACCUGGUCUACCGAAAUGCUUCCAAGAACAACUACUGGCCAAAUUGCCGCCAACACAGGCGCGCAAACUGUCACGCACGUUGAGUAUGCAAGGCGGUACACAAACCGCACCGGUAAGAGUUUAUAAGCGCAGUCAAAGUGGCGGACGUGGUGUGUUACACACCGGUGGUGGACAGGAUCUUAAAGAGAAUAUCGCCGAAGAGACCGCCAGCAGUAGCACAACGAGCAAACGUAGUACAGAUAGCAGCGAACGUCGACACUAUGAUCCCGUAUAUCGACGCAGUCUCAGUCGUACGCGUUACGAUUACGAAUCGAGUAUUCCGUCUUCGAGCGAUGUGGUGUCAAAAAGCCGCAGCAGCAGUGUUUGCCGUGAUGAUUACGGUAAAUCGAUGUGUUCCACUUAUACAACUGACAUCAAUGAUCGCUACAAAUACUACUCACCAUAUCUUAAUAAAACGCCGACUAAAGACUCAUAUACCGAAAGUGGUUCUGCGUCGCCGCAAAAACGUUAUAGCACUUUAGGUAUACCACGUGAGACAAUCGGUUCUGCGCAAGGGCGUCCACCAAGUGGUUGUUUGUCACCGCCUAUUAUAUCAGCAGACAGUGGUAACAGCUCAUUGCGUAGACGAUCUUCGCAGAAACGCAUCUCACGAUUUUUGCGACCAGACUUUUUCGAUGAACCACUCGAUGAGGAUCCGUUUCAACGUGAAAAGAAACAACGUGAACGUGAGACUCAAAGUGUGUUGCGUGAAAUACGAGAAAGAUCACGUGAACCGAGUAGAGAGCGCGGUAAUUACACCAGUUUUGAUGCGGAGGACGCACUGUCGCGUAAAAAUAGCUUACCCAAUGCGGAAAGCUCAGGUAUACCACUGAAAACGGAACCGAAACAUGUGCGUAAUAAAAGCAUGGAGAUAUAUUCAGAGUAUCAGCCGGGUAGCAGUUCAUCUCAGGAGACAAUUAGGCACAACCGACGUAGUUUGUCGCGUCCACAUGAGAUGACUGAGGAAUUACGUAAGAAUGAGCUGGCUGAUAAAAUUUUGGAAGAAUUACAAUUACUGUCAGCUACACGAACACAGCAAGAACAGCAGCAGCUAAGAUCGGCAUUGCCAAGAGAGAUUUCGGUAGAGCGCUCUUCUGAGACGACCACAAAGUCGGUAGUCGAGGGACUAAGUAACCGUGCGGAAAUUGAAGAGAAAGAGUCCUCAUCUACAAUUAAGAAAAUUAAAAAGAUAAAACCUAAAGAUAAGUCCAACACUACGGAAUCUAGUACAGAUGCGGAUGCGACCGUUACCACAUCUGUAGUGAAGAAAGUGAAAAAGAUCGUGAGAAAGACUGAAACCACAAAGACGACUUUAAAUGAAGCUGCCGCCGCUAAUUCGAGUACAACAGAAGAUAAUAUACUCACACCAGCAGAAAUAGAACAGUCAAGGAGAGAAUCUAAGCUUAAGCGACCUAAAUCGUAUCCAACCAAAGAGCCAAGUACUUUGACGCCCAAGUUACCUAAUAAACCAAGCACUAUACCAGAAAUGACUGCAGAUUCAACUUUAGAGGCGUCCAACGCUACUCGAGAAAGCCGACUGAUACGACCUAAGAGUUACCCAGCCUCAAAGCUCACACCUCCGAAGGAAUCGAGGAAAGUUACACGUAGUGGCGCAGCAAUCCCAGCAAUAGCCGAGGGUAGAGUGAGAAACUCAACGCCACCACUAGCAGUUGAAGAGAAGUUCGAACCACACACGCCAACAUCACGAGGCACUAUCGAGACUUCAUCUUCGAGUGAUAAUAAACCUACCACUGUUAAGAAAAUCGUGAAAGUUUCCAAAAAAUCUAAAUUAGCACAACCACUGCCAGUCACACCCACAACUCCGACGCCAGCAACAACGAUUACGCCGGCGGACAACUGUAAGGAAUCAAGUUUUGUGGUUAAAGAAAAAUCUCCCGAAAAGAAACCGAGUAAAGGCUUACUCUACGCUAUUGGCCAGAAGUUUGAAAAACUUCGCGAUUCUGCUAUGAGUAAAGAAAAAAAGAGCAUAACUUCCAGUCCCACUUCUUCGGCCAAUGGCGCGGUAGUAAAGAAAAAGUCACCAGAAAGUUCGUCACCAGAUAAAGUAAAGGAUAAAUCCACGUUACUUAAAAAGAAGAAAUCUUUGGAUGGUAAUUCACAGACUGCUGGUGAAAAUAAUACAACCGUUAAGCCACUGGGUAUCACUUGUGAAGGGAAGGAAAAACCAGCAAAAUCGGAUAAGCGCUCGAGAAUUGAUGCAGUAAUCCGUUCAUUACGUGAGCGUUCCGUACCACGAUCACGGCCCGCAACCGAAACAAACUACAUCAAGCGCGCCGUCAGCGUAGAAAACAUGCCCGGUACGUUUAAUAAGAAUGCAGUUAACCGGGUGUUAGGGCUGUUUAAGCGUAGUGAUAAGGAUGUGAAUGGCGCGGAGCGGCGCGUGCAAAGCACUCGUUCUACCAGUAAUAUUGAACGUCAGAUUCGUGAAACUUCGCCGUCGCCCAUCUACCAAAAUACGGGCGAAUGUCAUCGUUCCAAUAGCAUUUCAGCCGCUAUUGGCACGAACUUGAGCUCUGGACGGAAACCAGAGAUUACUGCCAAAUGUAGCUGUGAAAUCGCAUCGACGCUUACAGUUAAAGCAGAAGAAAAGCAGUGCGUCGAAUGUUUACAGGACGCCGUAGCACUACAGAAACCCAAGAGCAACCGGGAUGAAAAGGAUGUCGUAAUGUCGAACAAGGAAAUAACGCAGGGCAAUAAAGACAAACGGAAGGGACUCAUGCUAGAUCUUACGAAACUGGAUAAAAUUGAUAACAAUACUACAACGAAUCGCAACAACAUAAAAGCGACCUACAUGAACGGUAAUGGCAUUUACUCGAAUCUGCCACCUUACCCUGGAGCAGUGAACAGUUCGUCAAAUAACAGCUCCAGCCAGCAAUCCAUGGAUAACGUCACUAAUAAUAAUAACUCAUAUAUGACUAAUAAUAAUUCAUCAAUGCAGACCUCGCAAACAUCAGGUUAUCGCACCUCGUCGACACACGAGAUAAAUCGAAAUCAUUUACUUACACCAUCUACUGAGAACAUUGCUAAUUACUCUUCUGACUCGCGUAGUUAUCAGGAUGAUUGUGCCUCGACCUCGACGUUCUUAUCGCCAACUGAAGAGCCUGAGCUCUAUUUCGAUAACUGGUCUGUGUGUUCGGAAGAUAACUACAUGCUACACGCUUCACCUUCACCAACAGUUUCGCGUCUCUCACGUGCAUCGCAACUCUCAUCACCCACACGUGGCGAAAGCUCCGAUCCAAAUGAGAGCGUUAUUGAUCGCAUCAAACGUCGUAGUUUCUACUGCCGUUUUAACGAUAAGAAACCUAAGCGCACGAGUAGCAUUGUCGGACCGAGUGCAGUGCGCGACUACUAUCGUGAGCAACAGGCCGCGAUUAAAGCGCGUUCCAGCAACAAACUAAACCCCAACGAACGCGCCAAAUCGCCAGACAUUACACAAGAGUUCUUCAGACCAUUGAAGUUAAGUCCAGUCGGCACUGAAUUAAAACCACCCAUUUACAAAGCGCCGUUCGAUUAUGCAACCAACAUCACAAAACCGCGUAAAAGCCUCAACGAUAUACGGCCAACCACAUCACCUUCAUUGAUCAGCAAGCGUUAUGGCUCCACUGCCGACAGCGACUAUAUAACACUAAAUAGCGGCGUGCCAAUACGAUACAAGCCAUCUGCCAGUUCAAGUCCUUACGAGAGCAAAGUAUUUUCGGCGACCAGUGGCUUGAGUAUGGGUGUAGGUACCGGCAUUGGCGCCGGUACAGGUGUUGGUGGCACCUACUACAAUACCUACAGCCCAAAACGACGUUCCUCAUAUACAUUCAAUGGCACUCUGCCCAGUGGUGCUACACUUACCAAUUCCACUUUGGAUGGUUACGCGACGGUGGGUCGGCGACCUAUACGCGCCUACGAUCAUCGCACCAUGUCACUGCUCGAUCCUACAACAUCUUCUCCGUCGACAGCCGGUGUCAGUAGUUUUAGACGAGAAGCGCGCACGCCAGUACGGGACUACACUUCAAGUAUUUCGAGAUCAAGUUCCCGUUAUCGAACCUCGUCGGCCACACGCAGUCCUACAAACAUUUGAUGUACAACACCGCAGAAUGGUUUCUGUAUCUUCUGCUAUUACUCAAAACGGAAUCGUGGAAGCAGCACGCAUACCGCCUCGUCGUCGGCGUCCUCAAGGGCUAGUGGCGACAAGAAACUGCAGGAAUGCUCAACACGAAUUAGAAAUAAGUUUUAGAUCUACUACGACAAAUAGUGUUUACUAAGAAACUAAUUUAAUUACCACAUAUACAUACAAUAUGUAGGUAUGUAUGGCGUACACUUACUUAAGUCUGAUUCACACCGAGGAUAAAUAUACACAUGUAUGUAGACGCUUCGUCUUGACAGUUAUUAAGGGUUUCUGGUGAGGGAAUUCUUGUAAUUCAAUAGUUGCUUUUGGGAUGGAAAGAGUAUUGAAACGAUUGAUUAAUACACACAACAUGUUUCAGUACAAAUAAGUAUCAAAGAUAAUUCUCUAUUAUUAAACCCUAUUAAUUGCAAGCUGUCUCUUCCUUCGCCUUAUUUGCGAAAAGCAUACUGCUAAGCUUCUCUCUUCUGUACACCACUUUAACUCAUUUAGACAAGUCCAUCUAUAACUACGCAUCAGUAUAAUCGAUUGGUUAGUUAAUUGAGUAAUUAGAAGGCAAUUGAGUUCAAUUUACUAAAUAAAGUUAGUUAACAUUAUUCAAUAAAAGUUUUAUUGCUUGCUUCAAAAUAGACAUAUUUUAGGAUUGUUCAUAACUAGACAGAUCCACCGGAUUUCACAGAGAAGUCAAAACCCUUUGGUUUACAACGAUUUGCGUAGAGAUCGGCAAAAUGAAAAAAUUUCUUUUCCUGGUAUGUAAUAUACCCUAUUAGGUGAGAUUAUAGUAACGAAUUGUAUAGAAAAAGUUGACUGCCAUUAGAAGUUGCAUAUUGUAUUAUUGAAAUUGCCUAAUAAUUUGGAAAAAUAUCUAAACUUCGAAACAUAAGAAAUAUAUUGUAUACCCUAAAAAAAAUGAAAGCUCCCAGUUAGUAGUACAAAUUAUGGAAUCAGUGAGUUGCCAAAACAAUUUCCAUUCUUUUGUCUCACCGCAUUGAGCUUCCAGCAGAGAGUUAGGCAAACGUAUAGAUUUCGGUGUGAAUUAUUUACAUUUAGAAAUCUUUAGAAAAAUUAAGUAGUAACAAAAGCGAUUAAUAACUAUUUUUAUUAAAUUAAUAGACUAAUUAUGAUUACAAUAUGAACUAUGUAUAAACAGCUACAUACUAUAUUAAUAAUGACUGACUUAAAAGAACAAUAAUACAAUUUGAAUUCAAAUGACAAAAACUUUUUGGUUUUCAUUAUCUCAUAGAACCUUUAAAAAGUGCCUCUUUUUAGAAAAUAAUUUGGGUGUUUAAACAACUAUAAAUUAUUAAAUAAAACGUAUGUUGAAGAACUUGACUUAAAUGUUUUUAGAGCGUUGCAUGAAUUGGAAAGAGAGACAGAAAUAGCUUUUAUUUGUAUUUAAUUAUUUGAAACGUCGGAGAAGAGUGUGAACUUAUAAAAAUUUGGGAAAUAUACUUUUAAAAUGUGUAAACGCCUCAUAAAGCAACCAAUAAAAAAUGAAAAGAAAAUUAACAAAAACGUGAAAGCUUUCCAAGAGUAGACGUGCAUAGCAGAAGCGAUAUUUAGAAUAUACUCACUACAAAUGUACCUUUAGCAAACUGGUGAAAAAAAUUUGUUAAUAAAGAAAAGCUUUUAAAAACUCCUGAUUAGAAGUUGUUAAUUUCAGUAGUUCGUUUGCUGUUGUUGAAAAAAACGACUUGUUUGAAUAAAGAAAGUUCCAAAAAUUUUAAAAACUUUAAAAGUUGCAAACUUUAAAAACUGUGAAAGAUGUUAAGUAACCAUUUUAAUACAUUUUUUUGGUAAUUUUAAUUUCUUAUUACCACUUCGAAAAAUUAAAAGCUUUAAAAUCUACAAAUUUUGAAAAUUGUGAAAGCUUGUGAUUAUAAAAAUAAAUUUUUGUGAUAAUUUUUAUUUCCAACUACUAAUUAUUUGACACGACUGCGAAAAUAUCGUAAUAAACUGAAGCGAAAUUUGGAACAGAUAAGGCUUGUAUUAAGCGAUAUAUCUAGCAUCCGAAAAAAGGCGUGAAAGCUCUCAAAAACACACAUAUACCAUCGUUUCUAAAUUUAUACCAUUUUUAAAGUUUAAGAAAAUGUUUUGAAAAACCGCGGUAAUAAAAGUUUUUUACGGGCACAUCCAGAUAGCAGUCGGCGUAAAUGGAAUUUGUCGUGAAUUUUGAGAAGAACUGAUUUUUUAGACCGAGCACGCACCCAAAUCCCAAAUACAAAAAUAAUUAAAAAACUAUAAUGCCAAAAGUAUGAAUAAAUGUGUAUGCUUGUAAAAUCACACUCAAACUUUAUUAAGAAAUUAAAACUACAAAACAAAUAUUUAUUUCGGAAUUAGAAAAUUGUUAAAUCAUAGAAAUGUUAAUGUUAUUAUAUUUAAAAUCGUAAAUAAAUGAAAAAUGUUGGUAGGUGGACACACUGGUAAUGUAAUUGUGUAAGACUUGUACGUACAAUAUGUAUAUGUCGUGUGAAUAUCCCCUUUUAGUAACAGCGAAUACGCAUAGCGAAUUUACGAAACGAAUGCAACAAAUACGUAUGAAUUCAAAACAGGCUGAUAGACUUUAACAAUGGAAUUGUAAGGAAAAUUAUUAGAUUUGAACUGUAUGCGUACUUAAUGGCACGGUAUACAUGAAAAACGUAGCUACUUGUUUAGUGAAAAUGUAGUUAAGAGUAAAUAUAAAAAUUAAAUAUAAUAUAAAAACAAUAAAAAAUAAAAAAAACUAUAUAAAACAAUUUAAGAAAUAGUUAAUUGAAUAUAUAUUAAACAAUAGAAUAUGAAUGGAUUUGAAGAGUAAACUAGAAGUCAUACAUUACACAGUUGCCAAGUUCAUUGAAUAAAAAAAAAAACCAAAAAAAAUAAAAGUACAUAAAUAAAAUUAUAUUUACUUAGUAACAAAAGUCUACUAAAAUGCGCGCAGUUGUUUAUUUUAAUAACAAAAAAAAAACUUACUAUUACUCAUAGUGCAUAUUGUUUAGAGAAUUUUUUUAUAAAAAAAUAUUAUUUAUUUUUCAAAAAAUAAAUGAGAAUGAAACAAUAUUGAAUUUUAUUUUUUUUGUGGGCAACUAAAAAACUUGUUAGAACAAAUUUCAAACUGUUGAAACUAGCAAUAUAAGAAAUGUAAGCAAACAAUAGAAAUGAAACUUUAAUUAACAAUUAACAACUAAAAUUACAGAAUUAAAUACUUUUGUAAUUAGCAGCUAUAUUGAAAAACAUCCCUGCUUGCAACCACAAAAGAGAACUUAUUCAAACAUUUAAAAAAUCUGUAUGAUAAAAAAUGUACUAUUUAGACUUCCAUGUAUAUAUAUAUACACAUAGAACUAUUGCGUUAUUUCUCAUUUUUGGAAAUACAAGAAGCAUCUAUUAAAUAAAAAAAUACAUUUUUGUUACAUUCAUUUGAA